GAACGGCAGGAACUGGACCUGGCUUUGCUGGCACCAGCAAAUCAACAGUAACAAAAGCAGCAAUUCUCGUACUUUAAUCAUCACCUAUAGUUAAGUUAAUCGUAAGAAAUCAUGUCCCGUCUAGUUCACGUAUUACGCGCCGGAAAGACGGACUAUCAAAGUGCGUUACUAUUGCAGAAAACCGUCUCCUCAACGAUCCUAAAUAACCCCGGCGGACCGCUUCGUAACGUACUGAUCCUCACCGAACACGACCCAGUUUACACAGUAGGAAUUCGAACCAAAGAUUACGGCGAAUCGGAAGAGCAGCGGCUUCGUGCUCUUGGCGCGCAAUUUUUCCGAACAAACCGCGGAGGACUGAUCACAUUCCACGGUCCGGGGCAACUGGUUGCCUAUCCGGUGCUGAAUCUCAGAAACUUUCAACCCAGCGUCCGGUGGUAUGUUUGUCACAUUGAGAAGACCAUCAUUGAGCUGUGCCGUCGGUACGGCGUUCGGGCUGGCACCACCGAAGAUACCGGCGUUUGGGUGCAGGAUCGGAAGAUCUGUGCUAUCGGAAUACACGCAAGUAGGUACGUAACGACGCACGGGCUGGCGUUGAACUGUCGGAAUGAUCUCAGUUGGUUCGAACAUAUCGUUCCGUGUGGGAUCGCCGGUAAAGGAGUGACAUCGCUGAGCAACGAAACCGGGCGUCCGCUUGGACUGGACGCCGUGACACCCGAAUUUCUCGACUCCUUUCGAGUAACGCUGGAAUGUGAUCUGCAGGAGCUGCACGACGAUCAGCGGGAAGUGCUGCUGGGGAAAGCCGCAUAAACGGCGAGGUGAUUCUUUUGUUGACUAUUUCAAAGCGAUGGUUUCGGCACUAAUUUCACAGCCCAGUAAGCCAAUUGUUUAUAGAGUUUUGUAAUAAAAAAUAGAUGUUUUUGCUACAAAUCAGACUGGAAAAAGCGUUCUUGUACUUGUUCCUUUUAU